AGUAGAACUUUCCGCCAUCGCCGACCCUAUUUCCCAUGCUGCACAGCGGCCUCUCUUCCUCUUCCGGUCCCAGGCGCUUCAGCAUCCGCGGCUUACGGUGCAGACAUGGCCAAGUCCAAGAACCAUACCACACACAACCAGUCCCGAAAAUGGCACAGAAAUGGCAUCAAGAAACCCCGAUCACAAAGAUACGAGUCUCUUAAGGGGGUGGACCCCAAGUUCCUGAGGAACAUGCGCUUUGCCAAGAAGCACAACAAGAAAGGCCUGAAGAAGAUGCAAGCCAACAACGCCAGUGCCAUGAGUGCACGUGCUGAGGCUAUCAAGGCCCUUGUAAAGCCCAAGGAGGUUAAGCCGAAGAUCCCAAAGGGUCCUAGCCGCAAGCUUACUCGACUUGCAUACAUUGCCCACCCCAAGCUUGGGAAGCGUAUUCGUGCCCGUAUUGCCAAGGGCCGCAGGCUCUGCCGGCCAAAGGCCAAGGAUCAAACUAAGGCCCCAGCCGCAGCUUCACCUGCAACUCCAGCUUCAGUUCCAGCUCCUGCUCAGGCUCCCAAAGCUGCCCAGACCCCCACAAAAGCUCCAGAGUAGAGGCCUCUGUCUGCCAAUGUGUGGACAGAAGGACUGAUUUGGCCCCCAGGAUGCUGUCUGCGUGGGGCUGGUGUCCUCCUGUGCUAUUUGUACAAAUAAACCUGAGACAGGA